GCUAGGUCACAGCUCUAUUAAAGAGCGCUCUCAGCCGGUUGGUUCAUCAGUUCCAAACUUGCAUUCGAUAAGACAGGUUAACUGCAUUACCCUAUUACCCUCUAUUACUCUAAAGCGAAAAGCGAUUCAGUGUGCAUUCGUCGUAUUAUUCAACAAGACACAUUCAUCAUGAAGCACCGUCAGGGACAAAUCCGUCACAUUUUGGAUCUCUCCAAGGAAGAGAAGCGUGAGUUCUCCAAAUCGUUCGACACCAUCAUGUCCGACUGCGAUGGAGUGGUUUGGCACUUCACCGGUCCGAUCCCCAACGUGGAUAAGGCAUUGCAACUGCUCAAGAAGAAAGGCAAGAAGCUGGCGUUCAUUUCCAACAACGGCAUGCGCACCAUGGAGGAGUACAAGCAAAAGUUCUUGAAGCUUGGAAUUCCUUCGCAUGAGUUGGAUAUCGUUCACCCGGCGUUGACAACGGUUCGAUACCUGAAGGCGAUCAACAUGCAGGAUGCGGUUUACUGCAUUGCCACUGAGGUGUUCAAGGAUUAUUUACGCAACGAAGGAUUUACGGUUUUGGAUGGGCCCACCGAUCAAUUCGCCGAUGACAGAGCGGCCGACUCGGUUCGAGUGUUUACAGAGUACUUUGAGGAAACCGAAAGCCCCAAGGUCGGUGCCGUUGUUAUGGAUUUGGACGUUAACAUCUCGUUGGCUCACCUGAUGCGAGCAAAGUGCUAUCUGCAGCGAAAUCCUGAAUGCCUGCUACUUGCCGGUGCAACGGAUUACAUUGUUCCUUUGGGCGGCGAUGGUCGCGAUGUGAUUGGGCCGGGCUACUUCCUGGAAGUAUUGGAACGUGCUACCGGUCGGGAAGCUCUGGUGCUCGGGAAACCGGGUCAAGCCUUGUCUCAGUUCAUCCUGGAGCAAUUCAACGUGACGCAACCGGAGAGAACGCUGUUCAUUGGGGAUAUGCUUAUGCAGGACAUGGGAUUCGGAUCUCGGUGUGGUUUUCAAAAGUUGCUGCUGCUAAGUGGCGGUACCUCGAUGGAUAUGUUGAUGGCUCACACUAAACCGGAAGAGAUGCCCGAUUUCUACGCAGACAGUUUUGCCGACUUCAUUCAACUGUACCGGGAUAUUGCUGUCUAAAAAAGGACGAACAUCAUGUCUGAUUGAUCAGGGUUAUUUAGGUUUAAGCACUUCAAUGUGAAUGAAUGUGAUACUCGGAGGAGAGCUUUUCCUAAUUUACGGACUACUGUACGGUUUUAUGUGUAUAGCAAUCAGAUUUAAGAAUAUUUUAUAAUUAAGCCGAAUUUAUGCGUAAUUCU